UCCGGGUACCGACUCCAGCCGCCCAGACUCUGGCACUAUGGUCAUGGCGGAGGGGACGGCUGUGCUGAGGCGGAACAGGCCGGGUACCAAGGCUCAGGAUUUCUAUAAUUGGCCUGAUGAAUCCUUUGAUGAAAUGGACAGUACACUUGCUGUUCAGCAGUAUAUUCAACAGAACAUAAGAGCAGAUUGUUCCAAUAUUGACAAAAUUCUUGAACCCCCUGAAGGCCAAGAUGAAGGUGUAUGGAAGUAUGAACAUUUAAGGCAAUUCUGUCUUGAGCUAAAUGGACUUGCUGUCAAACUUCAGAGUGAAUGCCAUCCAGAUACCUGCACUCAGAUGACAGCAACUGAACAGUGGAUUUUUCUUUGUGCAGCUCAUAAAACACCAAAAGAGUGUCCUGCUAUAGACUACACUAGACACACGCUUGAUGGUGCUGCAUGUCUUCUGAAUAGCAAUAAAUAUUUUCCCAGCAGAGUUAGCAUAAAGGAAUCAUCUGUAGCAAAACUAGGAUCAGUAUGCCGUAGGAUUUACAGAAUAUUUUCACAUGCUUAUUUUCAUCACCGGCAGAUAUUUGAUGAAUAUGAAAAUGAAACAUUUUUGUGUCACCGGUUUACUAAAUUUGUGAUGAAAUAUAAUUUGAUGUCCAAGGAUAACCUGAUUGUACCAAUUUUAGAAGAAGAAGUUCAGAAUUCAGUUUCUGGGGAAAGUGAAGCAUGAAGGGAGUCAUAUAGAAAAAAAUGUACUGAUCACAUAAUUAACAUUAAUUAUGUACUGUAUAUAUAUCAUUUUAGACACAUCAAUCAUGUAUCCAUAUUAUAGCUUCUUUGUUUAGCAUAGGUUUUUGUAUGCUGAGUGUUGCCUUUUAAAAUGGGAAAUACUUUUUAAGUUAUUCAUGAGCUGUAUAUUCACUGGUGUGGCACUCAUGGUUUUUAAAUAAGAUUAGUAUUAUGUUUAUAAUGCCUGUUAAUAAAAGAAUUUACAGUUUGGUAAAAUUGCUGCUAAACAAUCAUUGGAUCACAAUCCUCAUCAAAUAAACACAUCUAUAAAAAGAUGAGUGAGCUUGAGGUUUCACACAAACCAUUUAUACUAAAGACAUAGUAAUGUUUUCCUUUGGUUUUAUACCUGAGUUUAGAUAUUCUAGGAA